UGUCAGUGCUGAUUUGGAGGUUGGACUCGUUUCCAGCAAGCAGAAAUGUCAUUCUGAUUUCAUGCUGUGUCCUUUUUAGUUAGCAAGUUAACCAAUGUGUUCCCUCUGUAAAAAUGAUUUGAAUUGUGCGUGAGCGCGAAUUUAUAACACAUUUUCAUUUACCCGUUGUUGGUAAUAGCAUUAUGUUACGAGUUGGAAGCGCAGUGGCCUGCAUGGCCUGCAGAAACCUGGUCUCCCCUAACAUGGGGGUGAGGUUCAGGAUGCCCUUACAGAAGCUGCACCCUCUGUCUCGUGCCAUCCAGCACCGGUACAAUGCCAGUGUCACCCCCCCGCACCGCUCGGCAGCCCGCCACUUCACCUCCAUGUCCCGGCUGCCCAUGCAGCCCCCCAAGCCUCCCCCGGGUGGUCACGGCGGCUGGCGCUACCAGCAGCACCGCAACUUCUGGAUGCUCCGCCUGGCCUCCAGGCUACUCAAGCUCCGGUACAUUGUGCUGGGCUCAGCAGUGGGAGGCGGGUACACCGCCAAGAAGACUUAUGAGGAAUGGAAGGAUAUGCUGCCUGAUAUGGGUGAAUACAUUUGGGCAAUACCUGAUUUCUUCUGGGAGCUGAGUAAACAAAUUGACCUCGAUAAACUAACCAAAAUGCUGCCUGAGUUAGUGGAGAUUGCCAAGUUUCUACCAGAGUUACCCGAUUUAGAUAAGAUAGGAGAGAACUUCACCUUCCUCAAGAGCAUCCUCUUCACCGGUGUUGGUAGUAAAGGAGCUUCUGGUCAGCGUUUGUUGUUAGCCGAAGCCCCUGGGGACUCUCCAGUAAAAGCUGCCACAGAUGCCCCGGUCACGGCCACACCAGAGGCCAGCGGCAAGCAGUUUAGGAAGGGUCUGCUCGUCGAGCUCAUUCUCAUACAGCAGCAGAUCCAGCAGGCUGAGGAGGAGGUCAGGCGAGCCUCCGCAGCCAAUAACGCACAGCCAAGCCCAGAGCCCGCUCCCAGCCCACCCCUGCGCCUGUCUCCACCGCCGCCUCCACUUCUGAGCCCGCCUCCGCGCCAGAUACCCGAGCCAAUCCCAGCCAGCUCCCCGAGUCUCAGCCCCCCUCGGCAGAAAGGCAAGUCUUCAGACAAGGAGAAGGUGGACCAGCUUCAAGAGGAACUGCUCCGAACUCAGAUGAAGUACCAGCGCAUGCUGGAGAGACUGGAGAAGGAGAACAAGGAGCUGAGGAAAGUGGUGCUGCAGAAAGAUGAGAAGGGCAUCCACCAGAGGAAAGUCAAGAAGUCUCUAAUUGACAUGUACUCUGAGGUCCUGGACAUCCUCUCAGACUUCGACUCUAACUACAACACCCAGGACCAUCUACCCAGGGUGGUGGUGGUGGGAGACCAGAGUGCAGGGAAGACCAGUGUGUUGGAGAUGAUCGCCCAGGCUAGGAUCUUCCCCCGGGGCUCUGGAGAAAUGAUGACUCGCUCUCCUGUCAAGGUGACGCUGAGCGAGGGACCUCACCACGUGGCCAUGUUCAAGGACAGCAGUCGAGAGUUUGACCUGGGAAAAGAGGAGGACCUGGCUGCCCUGAGACAUGAGAUCGAGCUGAGGAUGAGGAAGAGUGUGAAGGAGGGACAGACAGUCAGCCCUGAGACAAUCUCUCUGAGUGUCAAAGGACCAGGCAUCCAGAGGAUGGUGCUAGUAGACCUACCAGGAGUUAUCAGUACUGUGACUGCAGGCAUGGCAACAGACACCAAGGAGACCAUCUUCGGCAUCAGUAAGAACUACAUGCAGAACCCCAACGCCAUCAUCCUCUGUAUCCAGGAUGGGUCAGUGGAUGCGGAGCGCAGCAUCGUCACAGACCUGGUCAGUCAGAUGGACCCGCAUGGGAAGAGGACCAUCUUUGUCCUGACCAAAGUAGACCUAGCAGAGAAGAACCUGGCCAGCCCUAACCGGAUUCAACAGAUUGUUGAAGGAAAGUUGUUCCCUAUGAAAGCCUUGGGUUACUUUGCUGUGGUGACCGGGAAAGGCAGUGCCGGGGAAAGCAUUGACUCCAUCAAAGACUACGAAGAGGACUUCUUCCAGAACUCUAGACUACUCAGAGACGGCAUGCUGAAGGCCCACCAGGUGACUACUAAGAACCUGAGCCUGGCCGUUUCCGACUGCUUCUGGAAGAUGGUCCGGGAGUCAGUGGAGCAGCAGGCCGACGCCUUCAAAGCGUCCCGCUUCAACCUGGAGACAGAGUGGAAGAACAACUACCCCCGUCUGAGAGAGCUGGACAGGAAUGAACUCUUCGAAAAAGCCAAGAACGAAAUCUUGGACGAAGUCAUUAGCUUGAGUCAAGUGACACCGAAACACUGGGAGGCCAUCCUACAGAAGAAGCUGUGGGAGCGGUUGUCCACCCACGUCAUCGAGAACAUCUACCUGCCUGCAGCCCAGACCAUGAACUCCGGUACCUUCAACACCACCGUGGACAUCAAGCUCAAACAGUGGACGGACAAGCAGCUGCCUCACAAAGCAUUAGAGGUUGCCUGGGAGACGCUGCAGGAGGAGUUUGCCCGCUUCAUGGCGGAGUACAAAGGGAAGGACCAGGACGACAUCUUUGACAAGCUGAAGGAGGCGGUGAAGGACGAGAGUAUCAAGAGACACAAGUGGAACGAGACAGCCAUGGACAGCCUGAGGGUGAUCCAGCACAAUACUCUGGAGGACCGCUCCAUCACAGACAAGCCCCAGUGGGACGCAGCCAUCCAGUUCAUGGAGGAGACCCUGCAGGCACGCCUCAAAGACACUGACUCUGUGAUAAAUGACAUGGCAGGUCCUUACUGGAAACAACGCUGGAUGAGCUGGACGAGCCGCUCGCCCGAACAGCACAUCUGCAACGAAACCAAAAAGGAGCUGGAGCGCCUGCUAAAACUCCAUGAGGACCACACAGCCUACCUGGCCAACGACGAGGUCACCACCGUCCGCAAGAACCUGGAGGGCCGAGGAGUGGAUGUAGACCCUGUCCUGAUCAAGGACACAUGGCACCAGCUGUACCGACGUCACUUCCUGCAGAAGGCGCUGCAUCACUGUAACCUGUGUAGACGAGGCUUCUACUACUACCAGAGACAAUUUGUUGACUCGGAGCUGGAGUGCAAUGAUGUAGUCCUGUUCUGGAGGAUUCAGAGGAUGCUGCUCAUCACAGCCAACACACUCAGACAGCAGCUCAUCAACACAGAGGUACGGCGCCUGGAAAAGAACGUGAAGGAGGUGCUAGAGGACUUUGGUGAGGACAACGAGAGGAAGGUCCACCUCAUCACCGGACGCAGAGUACAGCUGGCAGAAGACCUUAAGAAGGUCCGUGAGAUUCAGGAGAAACUUGAAGCCUUCAUAGAAGCUCUUCACGAGGAGAAGUAGAGCACCAGAAACCAAUGGAUCACAGAAGCAUUGCACUGAUCAAAGAAGACUAAUUCCUCCCUCUGUAAAUGACUGAACCCCCCAGUGACGCCCAACUGUUGCUCUUAGUUUUUUCUUCUGCGAGUGGAGUUUAUCAGAGCCCUUAACACUAACACUGAGGAGGAUCAGGUUAUCAGUGUGGCUGAGCAGAUAACACUUCCUCCGCUCAGAGUCGGCACCAGGCUUUAAAGGCCCAUGAUGAGUUCACCAGACAUGUCCUCUUCACACAGGAAUCCAACAACUGUCUCCGGGCUUUUUUGCUCUGCAUUUUUGGCAGAGAAGACGAAGAGAGAAGGGGGAGGACAAGAUUGAAGUUACACACCUCGUGACUGACUGACGGAUCGACCUCUCAUGUCGUCUUCCUCUCUCUCUCUCUCAUUGCUCCCUCGUUUCUCAUAAAUGAGGAGGUUGUGAAGGUUUUCUCUCUCACUGCCAACUUCCUUUCCUUUGUUUGGGAAUGUCUUUAAUCGGCUUGAGCACCUGUCAGAAGUUGUCCCAAAUUGCACUGGUCAAAAGUAGUGCACUGUAGAGGGAGUAGGAUGCCAUUUGGAACGCAACCAGAAUGUCUGCUGGUGAUCAGGUGAGUCAGACGUGGUGUGUGAUGGAAGGGUGAUGGGAACCACCCUCCUCUCUGUAGAUUGACUAGCUGUAAAUGAACGCCUGUUGGGCUGAAGCCAUUCUCCUGCCUAUUGUUAGCACUCGUUCCACUUAGGACUUAAUGUGAAUUCACCUCAGUUAUCCCAGCGGCUAGCUUUAACCCAGCUCUACACGUGCAUCACUAACAGUAUAGGUACAAGCCUCAGUUAUUAACCCUCACUUGCACAACAGUCAAGCUCCAUCCUCCUAAAACUAGAAUAUAUGAACAGUGGAUAGAAUAUUCCACACUAGUUGUAACAAAUAUAAUAUAGAUUGGCUUUCUUAUUUCAGGGAAGCAGACUUAAUUUGAGAGUUAUGUCUGCUAUUGAUAGGCAGCGCGCAAUGCCCCACUAUGUACCACUCUCUCUGACCUACUGUGGUGUGCACCUCAUCACAAGGGUUUAUAUGAUGGCAUUUAAUUUCACUGUUGGAUGAAACGGCCUCUACUAUCUUUGUUCUGGGUGAAGAUCCAGUGUUGGACUAGAAUCUAGUUCAACCUGCAGUGGAUGGAACCACAUUGUCCAAUCACGUUGGAGGAAAGAUGCUAGUGACCUCGUUGUAUUCCAACGUGGUGACAGCUGCACAGACAUCUUUGGGUUCUUGGUACAUUCAUUCCUUUCACUUUUUCUGCUUCUUCAUGCUCUCCUGCCUCUGGGCAGGUCACACUGUCUGACUUGCUGGUCUCUACUGGUCUCUCCUGAGGGACCUUUUUCUGCUUCUUCAUGCUCUCCUGCCUCUGGACAGGUCACACUGUCUGACUUGCUGGUCUCUACUGGUCUCUCCUGAGGGACCUUUUUCUCUCUCUGCUCUACUCCAUCCAUCCUUGUUUUCUUUAUUCUUGAUCCUCUCUCUUGCUCUUCCCUCAAAGCCCUCUAUCUUCUAUGCUCUCUGUCUCCUAUUUCACCCCCCCACUCUUUGUUCCCGGCUCUAAAGAGUGGAAUGAAACGGUGACUGUUAUACUUAACCCCGGUCCUUCAUGUGUAUAUGGGUUAAUACCGUACAUCGUGUACAUGUAAAGUUAAUACCAAUCAUGAAUCUGUUAUUGCUUAUGGGAGGAAUGUCAGAGUGUGAUGCUCUUGUAACAAGAUAUCCAUCGGAUGGUUCAACACCUACAGUUCUCUUUGAUGUUAUAGAAUGUAAUGUUUGCAUGGUAUACCCCAUCAGAUGUGCUUUAUUUAUUACAA